AUGGCGCCCCGAAGCGAAAAGAGCCAAUUGAAGCGGCCUCGCGGCUCGUUGCCGGAGGAAGGCACAGACACGAAGAAGCCCCGCAGGUCCGACCGCUUGGCCCAGGCCGACCCGGACAAGACGCCCGUGUCGCGCGAACAUCAACUGCCAUCGCCCGUCACAAACAAUGCCACCGAUGGCUCGACCGAGCUUCCCCAGGAGCACACGGCGACGCCUCCGGUAGCUGUGGCAGGCGAGCUCACUCCCAGAAAGGCGCCCGAGGGCCUGGGCCAGAGCCAAGCGCUCUCCUCUCCUCCGCAAGACACCCAGCCGCUCAGCCAGUACGUCGACCGACACCCGGCCCUCUCUGAAGACGUUGUGGACGAGUUGAAAGAGGGCGUCUGGGGCUAUCUAGUCCCUCUGGACCCCAAAUACGGUGAUAAGCCUCUGGUGCUGAAAAAACGCGUCGCAUGCCCUCUGCCUGGUGCUCUUGAAGCUGCCGCAGAGAGUGGAAAGAAGGACAAGGCCGACACAUCGACGGCUACCAAAGAGGAGGAAGCAUAUGAGAAGACUAAGGUUAAGGGCGUCUCGGCAGGUGGCUACCUGAUUGGUCGGCACGCCGAGUGUGAUGUGGUUGUCAGCGAGGGGGUCGUUUCCAACCGGCAUUGCCUUAUUUUUGCAGAAGCUGUUGGAACAGAUACCGUUGCAUUCGUCGAAGACGUGUCGAGCAACGGAACAUACGUUAAUGAAGCUCUAGUCGGACGGAACCAGCGUCGCGAGCUGAAGGAUCAAGAUGAAAUCGCCGUACACAGCAAAGCAAGAUUUGUCUUCCGAUAUCCUCAGAGCCGGCUCACAAGCACGUUUCAACAACAGUACACGCUUAUGGAAAAGCUUGGCAAGGGUCAUUUCGCAGAGGUCUACCUAUGCGUUGAGAAGGCAACUGGCAAGCGAUAUGCCGUCAAGAUCUUUACGAAGCACCCUGGCCCUGAAGAUAGGUCCAAGACAGAGGGCCUACAGCAAGAAAUUGGUGUGCUGAUGGGCGUCAGCCAUCCCAACGUCCUCUGUCUCAAAGAUACGUUUACUGAGCGCGACCAUGUUUACUUGGUUCUUGAGCUCGCUCCCGAGGGCGAGCUCUUCAAUUACAUUGUGAUGAAGCAGAAGCUGAGCGAAGAUGAGACGAGAAAAUUAUUUGUCCAGCUAUUCCAAGGCAUCAAGUAUCUUCAUGACCGUAAUAUUGUACACCGAGAUAUUAAGCCAGAGAAUAUCUUGGUUGUGGACAAAGAUUUGCAUGUCAAGCUGGCCGAUUUCGGACUAGCAAAGAUUAUCGGAGAAGAGUCAUUCACCACAACGCUUUGCGGAACUCCCAGCUAUGUCGCGCCCGAAAUCUUGGCUGACACAAAGCACCGAAAAUACACUAAAGCUGUUGACGUCUGGUCACUCGGCGUUGUGUUGUAUAUUUGUCUUUGUGGCUUCCCACCGUUCUCUGACGAGCUCUUCUCACGGGACUUCCCCUUUACACUCUCCCAACAAAUCAAGAGCGGCCGAUUUGACUACCCAUCACCCUACUGGGACUCAGUCGGUGACCCAGCCCUUGAUUUGAUUGAUUCUAUGUUAAUCGUGGAUCCGGAGCGUAGAUAUACUAUUGAUCAGUGCCUCAAGCAUCCCUGGCUUGUGUCCGGCGCACCAGCCGUAAAUGAUAGCACCGGAGGACUUGUUGGUGGCAUCGAGGGAUUGGAAGUCAACCGUAGAGCUCCUGUCCGAGAGAGGACACUGCUCUCAUCGCUCAAUUCUGUGUCGAUCACUGCCCAACUGGACGGCGGCAACAAAGGAACUCCUAUCAAGGUAUUCUCGAAGAACAAACACCGCAACGUUAAUGCCUCCCAAGAGGCAGGUCCGGCACAUCAGCGGGCACCCGAAGAGUUUAUCGAAAUGGGCGGUAAAGGGGACCAGAUACUCUUUGGUGAGGACGCCUCGAGCAUCUAUCCUGCGGGCGAUAUCGCGGCGAAGAAGGCAGGCGGCAAGCCAAACGGCAAAUAA